AUGGCUGAUAUUGUUAAAGACAUAGCAAAACCGAGUAAUUGUGGAGCCAUUUUGGACUUUGGGUCUGGCCUGGGGCAUUUAGUGCGGGUGCUUGGAUAUAACUAUGAUUUAUUUGCCAUUGGUAUUGAAUGUCAGCAACAAUUGACAUCAGAGGCUAGAAAACUAGACUUGGAAUUAGAAUACACUGCUAAAAAGCAUCUUGCAGACAAUGAAAUGUCUAAACUAAAAAGGCCAAUGCACUUUAAUAUGACUUUGAAGUCCCAUGCACAGCUGCAGCAUCUACCUUUACCGCACACCAUAACAGAAUAUGGGCUCAUUGGUCUCCAUCCCUGUGGCGAUUUAGGGCCAUUAUUGCUUAAACACUUUGUUUGCAGCAGCCAAGUGAAGUUCAUAUGUGUUGUUGGAUGCUGUUACAUGAAAUUGUCAUGCGAUAGCAAUCCCUGUGGGUAUCCCAUGAGCACUCACCUAAAGAAUUUAGGUUGUAGACUGUCAUAUACAAGUAGAGAGAUAGCUUGCCAUGCCAUUGAAUUGUAUUCUGAGAGAUUGCAGAGGGGUGAAUAUGAAGACUUGAAGAUUCACGCGUACAGGGCGGCGUUAGAAAAAAUCCUGGUGGAGCAUGAUCCUGCUCUGAAGCACUCGCCUGUACGGAGUAUCAAGCAUUCAAGGAAUAUGACUUUUGAUAGCUACUGCGAGGCCGCCUUGGGACGCCUUGACGUGGCGCUACCGGAGCGCCUAAUGGCGGUGGGACGCUCCGCCCUGCUUCAGUGGCGCCGCGUGGUGAUGGUCUACUCGCUGAGGCUCAUCCUGGCGCCCCUGGUGGAGAGCAUCAUACUCCUGGACAGGGUGCUCUACUUGCUCGAACACGGUAUGUCCUGCGAGAUUCGUCCAGUCUUCGACCCUAAGAUAUCUCCGCGCAAUCAUAUUAUCCUAGGCGGUCUGCGCGAUGGAGCGAGAGGUGAAAAGCGCGACUAC